AUGUUUAACGAAAUAGAUGGGGACUAUGACAAUGUGGCCAUUAGUACUUUUAAGGCUAGCCUCCCAGCUGAGCAUGAUUUGAGGAAAUCUCUGACUGGUAAACCUGUUACCAGUGUGCGUCAACUUACGAAUCGGAUUGACAAGUACAGAAUGGUAGAAGAAGACCAACUACAAGGGAAAGGAAAGACUAAGGUGAUCCCUCAAGAGAGGAGGGAUUUCAGGUCAGACCAGUACAAUAAUAAUCGACCUCAAAAAGAUUUUGUUGGGCAGCCAGGAUCUGCCAACACCCAGGUGGUUAAUGCUAUGUUUCGAGAACCAGUACAACAGGUUCUAGAGAAGAUUAAAAACGAGUCGUUCUUCAAAUGGCCGAACAAGAUGGUAGGAGAUCCUAUGAAGCGUAAUCAAAACCUUUAUUGCCAAUAUCAUCAGGACAAUGGACACACUACCAAGGAUUGCAGAAACUUGUGGGACCAUGUAGACUAA